AUGACCGCCCCCACAAUAAAGCUCCCCGCGCCGCUCUUCGCGCGCCUCUCGCCGCACCCCUUCCUCCUGCGCAACCUGACCUCGGCCGCCGACCCCUCGCGGCCCGCGACCCGCACCAACGGCCGCGGGACCCAGGAAACCCGCCCGCUACACGCCAAGACCUCCUCCCUCUCCCACGCCCACGGCAGCUCCCUCGUCCGCCUCGGCGACACCACCGUCCUGUGCGGUGUUCGGGGGGAGCUCUUGCCUGUGGAGAGGGUGCCGCUGUGGGACCCCGAGCGGGAGAUGGUGGUAUGCUCGAGGACGGAGAAGAGGCAGUUGAACGUCAAGGGUCUGCCGGUGGCGUGUACCGCUGCGGUGUUUGAGGAGAAGGAGCUGGGGGAGGUGGGAACGGGCGUUGCGGAGGGUAGGCAUUGGCUGCUUCUAGAUCCGGAUCGGUUGGAGGAGACUCUCUGCAGAGAAGCGAUUACCAUGGUGGUGGACUGCAGCGAUGGGGAGACGAGGAUUAAGAGCAUUGAGAAGCAGGGUGGCACGGCGAUUGGGAGGGAGCUGGUCCGCGGGUUUGCGACAAUUGCGGAGAAGAGGUGGAAAGAGGUCCAGGGUAGCUAUGAAGUGAGGACCGUGUUUGGUUGA